ACAAUCUUGACACGUCAAAUGAUUUUUUAGGUUAAGGGAAAGUAAAUAUUUUCACAAAUUUUCCUGGAUUGAAGUUGCUGAGAAACCAUUUAAAAUGAUACACAGCCUCUUCAUUGUUAAUUCCUCGGGAGACAUUUUCCUUGAAAAACAUUGGAAAAGUGUAAUAUCCCGUUCGGUAUGCGAUUACUUUCUGGAAGCCCAAAGAAGCAACCCCACGAACAUUCAACCAGUAAUAGCCACCCCGCACCACUACCUUAUUUCCAUACAAAGGGGAGGUGUAAGUUUCGUUGCAGUUUGCAUGGAAGAGACUCCCCCAUUGUUUGUGAUCGAGUUCUUACACAGAAUAGUGGACAUCUUCCAAGAUUACUUCUCAGACUGCACCGAAAGUAUCAUAAAGGAAAAUUACGUUGUUGUAUACGAAUUACUCGAUGAGAUGUUGGAUAAUGGAUUUCCUCUGGCCACUGAAAGUAACAUACUCAAAGAAUUAAUCAAACCACCUAACAUACUCCGGACGAUAGCCAAUAGUGUCACUGGAAAAUCAAAUGUAAGCGAUAUCUUGCCAAGUGGACAAUUAUCCAAUAUUCCUUGGAGGAGGACAGGUGUGAAGUACACAAACGAUGAAGCAUAUUUCGAUGUAAUAGAAGAAGUAGACGCUAUAAUAGAUAAAAGCGGUGCUACAGUUUUCGCAGAGAUCCAAGGUUAUAUCGACUGUUGUAUAAAAUUGAGUGGAAUGCCUGAUUUGACACUGUCAUUUAUGAACCCAAGGAUAUUCGAUGACGUCAGUUUUCACCCUUGUGUUAGGUUCAAACGAUGGGAGACGGAACGAGUCUUAUCAUUUGUUCCUCCCGAUGGCAACUUCAGGUUGAUUUCAUACCACGUCAGCAGUCAGAGCAUUGUAGCCAUUCCAUUAUAUGUCCGACACAAUAUUUCGAUAAAAUCUGGGGAACAGGGAAGGUUAGAUCUGACAGUGGGUCCGAAACAAACGCUAGGAAGGUCCAUUGAAGCUGUGAAAUUGGAUAUAUUACUUCCAAAGUGCGUUUUGAACUGUGUUCUUGUGGUUAAUCAGGGGAAAUAUAAUUUCGACACUGUUUCCAAGAUUUUACAUUGGGAUGUCGGCAAGAUCGAUCCUUCGAAACUCCCAAAUAUCCGUGGGAACAUCUCGAUAGCCACUGGUGCCAACACGUCAGAUCUCAAUCCUUCCAUUAAUGUCCACUUUAUGAUAAAUCAAUUAGCGGUGAGUGGGUUGAAGGUUAACCGUUUAGAUAUGUACGGUGAAAAAUAUAAACCUUUCAAAGGUGUUAAGUAUAUAACGAAGGCUGGACGAUUCCAAAUUAGAAUGUAAUAUUUAUAUUUAUGAUUAUUAUCUUUUGUUGAAUGUAUUUUUUUGUGCAACUAUGUAUAUAUUUACCCAAA